UUGAUUGGGCCAAAAAUGAAAAAACUUCGAAGUAAAACGUAUAUGAGUAUUUUUAAAAAUGGGCUCCACAAGAAACCUAUAAUUGACUGUAUAACAAGAUGGAAUUCAACAUACAAUAUGAUUGAAAGACUGUUGGAAAUAAGAGAAGUUGUAACUACAUUAAGCAAGGAUAAUUCGAAAUUAUUCAUUAGUUCUGCUGACUGGUCUUUCGCAAGUGAAUUUGUUGGAAUAUUUAAACCUAUUUACACAGCUACAAUGAAACUACAAACUGAACAGCUGUGUUAUAGCGAACUAUAUAUUGUAAUAAUGGAUAUUACAUUCCAAAUAGAUGCUUUACCAAAUACCGAAAUGAAAGUGAUACUGAAAGAAUCAUUGAAGACGAGAAUGGAUAAACUUUUUGAUAACGAACUUUUCAACGCAUCCAUGUAUUUGGAUCCACGUAUGAAAGUCUGUAUGGCAAUCGAACAGAAAACAAGAGCGCAGAUGUACAUAGUGUCGUUAUAUAAGCAAAUAUACUCAAAAGAAGAUUCUACAACAGACAAUAAGGCCUGCACAAUACUGGAUGAAACUCCAUCAACAGUACUACAUGCACAGAGUUCUUCAAACAUUGAUAAUUUUGAAUCCGAUCUAUCCACUUAUGAAAGAAAAUCUAGAUUGCCAUUAAAUGCAAAUGUUUUAGAAUAUUGGGAUUCUUCAAACAUUAUUAGUGGCAUUGCGAAUAUUUUACUGGAAAUACCAUCAACACAAGUAAGCGUGGAACGCUUAUUUUCAGCUAUGAAAUAUAUGUUAUCCGAUCAGCGCAAUUGAUUGUCCUGUUAAAUUUAGAGCAUAUAUUAAUGGUAAAAGUCAAUGGGAUUUUUAAUUACCAGUUGGGAUCAGAUUAAAGUUCUU